AUGUCCAACAUCAAGUGUGGCCCCACCAUAACUUCCAAAGCCAUAACUCACCAUGGUGAAUGGAACGAAGAAUCUCGCGCCAUACCUGCUAUCAACUUUUUCGAGAAGUACGACGCUGUUGUGACAGCUGGCGACCUUUCGGGCUCAUAUCACGACUGGUUUGCACCAAGUGCUCGAUUCUACGCCAACACAGGUGUUACUUUGCAUAGCGGAGCUGAGAUUUGGGACUUUAUGAAAAGCCUAUCAUUGUUUGGCGCUUACGAGAUCAUUACAACCAACCGAAUUACCACAGUAAUAAUUGGAGGCCACGAAAGGGGGGAUCGCUUGAUCCAUCAAUCAGACACGGUUUUCUACCCUAAGGAAGGAAAGGAUAAAGGCAUUGGCAUUCCGAUUAGAAGAACUAUCGAGUUCGUUUCUGGCCCGAGCGAGGUUCAUGGCCAAGGAACAGACGGUUUGCAGUAUUUUGUAGGGAAAACGUUCUGGGAUACACAUGUUUUGAAGGCCCAAGUGAACCAAGUGAUCUGA